AUGACGACGACAUUGAAUUUGGCAGCAAGAAGAAACGAGGCGCGCUUCGAGGUCGUGGUCGUGGUAGAGGUCGCGGACGUGGAAGGGGAGGUGCCGCAGCUUCACAUAAGGUAUUUAUGAUAAAACUCAACUUAUUUUAUUGUUUAAAUGGUGUUGUUUUCGAAGGGGCACGAUGA